AUGGGAACGUGUUUUAGUCUACAAGACAUUGAACAAAGAAAAUCUGAUUUAUUAAGUAAAGAGAUUGAUAGACAACUCGAGGAAUGUGAGAAACAGGACAGGAAUGUCAUCAAAAUAUUAAUAUUAGGGACCGGAGAGAGUGGUAAAAGUACUUUAGUUAAACAAAUGAAAAUUAUUCACAACGACGGCUAUACUAAAGAUGAAAUGAAAAGUUUUCGCUUAACAAUUUUGGACAAUUUGGUGACUUCUAUGAAAUAUGUACUCAUAGGGAUGAGAUUUUUGAGCAUUAACUAUGAAAUUGCGGACAAUAAGGAAUUUGCUCAAUUGAUACUUAAUUGUAAUCAAUAUUACGAUGAAUUUUCAACACUUGUGCCAAAUAUUGUGACAGCAUUGCAGAGCUUAUGGAUAGAUAAGGGUGUCCGAGAAGGAGUGGCCCGAGGUUUUGAGUAUGAGCUCAACGAUUCUGCACUUUAUUUUUUUGAAAACAUUAAUCGGAUAACAAACGAAAAAUAUAUUCCCAACACAACAGACGUAUUGCGGGCUCGGGUUAGAACUCGAGGAGUGGUAGAGACAGAGUUUAAAGUCGAAAAUCUGGUCAUAAAAAUGUUUGACGUCGGAGGACAACGAUCUGAACGCAAGAAAUGGGUCCAAUGUUUUGAUGACGUGAGGGCUCUAUUGUUUGUGGUAGCGAUCAGUGAAUAUGAUAUGACUUUAAUAGAGAAUCCAAACAAAAACCGUUUGAGAGAAAGCUUUCAAUUAUUUGGAAAUUUUUCUAAUAAUAUUUACUUUAGAUUUACUACUACUUUAUUAUUUCUCAAUAAAUUGGAUCUGUUUCGAGAAAAAAUCUUAUUUACUGAUCGACAGCUCAGAUAUUUUGUAUCUGAAUAUACCGGUCCUGACAGGGAUUGCGACGCCGCAGCACUUUUCAUACAACACAGAUUUAAUGACAUAUCAAUUGUUCGCAAUCAAAAUAAACAAAUUUAUUGUCACUUUACAACAGCCACUGACACCAGUAAUGUCAAAGAGGUCUUUCAGUCGGUCAUCCAUACAAUUGUUAGUCAAAAUUUAAGACAAUCUCUAUUAAUAUAA